AUGUACAAGCUGGCCUCCUGCUGCUUGCUCUUUAUAGGGUUCCUGACUCCUCUCCUGUCUCUUCCUCUCAUGGACUCCAGGGAACUGGCCCUUCAGCUCUCAGCCCCUGAUGAGGACGCGAGGCUGGGGCUGGAGGAACUGGAAAGAACUUCCCUUCUGCAGACGCUGCGAGAGAUGCUGGGUGCAGAGAGGGGCAUCAUUCUCGGGAGAGCAGAUCCUAGUGCCAACAUUUUUAACCCAAGAAGAAAUGUGAGAAAGUUUCAGGCUCUCUCUGGACAAGAUCCUAGCAUUUUACUGAGUCACCUUUUGACCGGAACCAGGAAACAAUACAAGAAACGUGGGACUCCCUCUGAAUGCUUCUGGAAAUAUUGUGUCUGA